AUGAAGUGGGUACCCGACACGUCAGAUCGACACAAGAAGAAGAUGUUGCCUGUGCAAAUUCUGAAGGAUCAUGCACAGGAGGAGCGUGGAGCAUCAGCACGUCUUAGCUCAUUCGUUGGGGCCAUUGCCAUCGGUGACCUCGUGAAAUCCACGUUAGGCCCAAAGGGAAUGGAUAAAAUUCUUAUUAGCGGAAAUGGGGAACAUCAAGCCAUCAAAGUCACCAAUGACGGGGCGACCAUCCUCAAGUCUAUUGGUGUAGAUAACCCUGCCGCUAAAGUUCUUGUCGAUAUGUCAAUGACUCAAGACAACGAAGUUGGAGACGGAACAACAUCAGUCACUGUACUUGCUGCUGAGCUUCUUAAAGAGGCUGAGAAAUUGGUGAAUCAGCGUAUACAUCCACAAACAAUAAUCACUGGAUAUCGUAGAGCGCUAGGAAUUGCUCAGAAUGCUCUCCGUUCGACAUGUGUUAUUUCAGGAGACAAUCUGAAGAAUGAUUUGUUGAAAAUUGCACGCACGACAUUGGGAUCAAAAAUUCUCAACCAACAUAAGGAACACUUUGCCAAACUUGCUGUAGAUGCUGUUAUGCGAUUGAAGGGGUCAGGUAACUUGGAUGCCAUUCAAAUAAUAAAGAAGCUUGGAGGAUCGAUGAAUGAGUCAUAUCUUGAUGACGGAUUUCUCUUGGAGAAAUUACCUGGUAUGUAUCAACCAAGAAGAAUGGAGAAAGCAAAAAUUCUCAUUGCAAACACUCCCAUGGACACCGAUAAGGUGAAAGUAUUUGGAUCUCGUGUGCGUGUAGAUUCCGUUGCUAAAGUGGCGGAAUUAGAGGCAGCGGAGAAGCUGAAGAUGAAAGAAAAGGUUGACAGAAUCCUCGCGCACAAGGCAAACGUGUUUAUCAACAGGCAGCUUAUCUAUAACUAUCCUGAACAGUUGUUCGCUGAUGCUGGAGUCAUGGCUAUAGAACAUGCUGAUUUUGAAGGGAUUGAGAGACUUGCGCUCGUUUUAGGCGGAGAAAUUGUCUCUACCUUUGACACACCUGAAAAUGUCAGAUUCGGAUCAUGCGACCUCAUCGAAGAGGUAAUGAUUGGAGAAGAUCGCUUAUUGCGCUUCAGCGGUGUUCCUCUUGGUGAGGCUUGUUCGAUUGUCCUGCGCGGUGCUACUCAGCAGAUCUUGGAAGAAGCAGAGCGAUCUCUUCAUGAUGCGCUUUGCGUGCUAAUCACCCAUGUCAAGGAAGCAAAAACUGUUGCUGGAGCUGGUGCUUCUGAAAUCAUGAUGAGUACUGCUGUCAUUAUCGAAAGUCAAAAGGUUGCUGGAAAAGAAGCUAUGGCUGUGGAGUCGUUCGGGCGUGCUCUUGCCGCUUUACCGACCAUAAUUUGUGACAAUGCUGGUCUGGACAGUGCCGAUCUCGUUACAAGGCUCAGGGCAGAACAUGCGAAUGGUCACCACAAUAUGGGAAUCGAUGUUGAGCAUGGUGAGAUUGCGAACGUUGUUGCCAUGGGCAUCGUGGAAUCACUUAACGUGAAGAUGUGUAUGGUGUCCAGUGCUGCUGAGGCAGCAGAGCAAAUUCUUCGUGUAGACGACAUCAUCAAAUGCGCUCCUCGACCACGUCCUGCGGAUAACCGACCCUGCUGA